AUGGUGGCCGCCGGGGCGCCCGGAGCCGGGCCGCAGAACUACGCGCCGCGCCGCCGAGCCGGCUCCUGCCCUGCCCGCUCCAGGGCUUUGGUCACCCCCGGGACUGGGCACGCACAGGCACACAGCAGAGCCGUCCACAGACCCGGCCCAGAGGCCCCCAGGAUCAUCCCACCCAGCCGAGCUCCUGGGCCGCCUGUGAGCCUAGGGGUGUUUUCUCAGAGAGAAAGCAACACGCGUCUUGCGCAUUUGCACAUCUCCAACGCACCGCUUCGGCCUGUCCUCCUCACCGGAGACUCAGGUGCCUCCGCCCUCCUGGGAGUAGGGGCGGCCUCUCUGCUGAGAGUUCUGAUUGUCAAGCUCCGAGAACUUUCAGAGCUCAGUCCGCCCAGCGUUCUUGUUUACCAAUUGAGGAAACGGAGGCCCAGAGAGGCUCUGCAGCGCGCCGGCACUCACACACCUGGUGGGGACAAAUGUGGACUAGAAUAUCUGGGACCGAAGUCUUGGCCUCCAGCUCCCUCUUGCCUCCCACUUACCUUUCCAGGAAGAGGCCCACGAAAGCUAAGACCCCAAGGCCCAUGUGCACCAUACUGCAGCCGUGCUCUGUCCACCAUUUCUGGGAUCGGCGCCCCACAGAGAGACAGCAUCUGCCCAGACUGGCUUUUUGCAGCCCCGCUCAAGCCCGCACCCUCGUCCAAGUCUUAGCCCCGCUGAACGCUAUGCCUGGUCGGCAGUGCGUGUCAGGGGUGCCUGGCAGAGUGUGCAUUUUCCCUACACCCAACCUGUCUCUGCCUCUCCCCAGGCCCUUAGAGCAGCCAGGCCGGGCGAGAAGCUUGGGAGAUAGAUACCCAGUGGAGGCACUGUGGGACCAUCUGAAGAUCCUGCGUCCCCUGUCCCACCCUUUAUGUCACCCAGGGUCCAUGACUGUGCUAGAAGCAUGUCCCUGAGGCCCAUGGUGGUGGGAGGAGGGUGUGGGAUUCGGAUCUGGGCACCUGGCUGUGCUGCACACCAGUUGUGUAAUCAAGAUCAUCUACUCUAAACACGUAUCUUUAACAUUCUAGAGGAGUGACCGCCUGGUGGGGUUGCCAUGGAGAGUACGUGAGAAAUUAAACCUAACAGGUGCUCAGCAAAA